GGGUAUCUUAGCAAUAGAGGUCGCGUUUUAGCCUAGAAUUAACUGCAAUUUUUCGCUGUUUUGUCAGGGCCAGUCAUUUAACUUUUUCUUCCUUGAAAAGGCUGCUGUUUAUAAGCUUCUGCAAAAGCAGGCACAAGAAACUGACCAGUUUGAAUUUUUUUUCGUUUUGUUUUUUUUUGCUGUCCGCUGCUUUAAGGGCUACUUUUAAUACUGUUGUGUUACAACCCCAGCUGGCAGGAAAGCACUACAUAGCUCAGCGGGGUGGGGAGAAGUGAAUGAGAAGGGUAAAAAUGAGGAAACGUGCGUUGAGAGCAGUUUAAUAAUUGAAAUGAGAAUAAAUUGUAGUGAAAAGAGCAAAGAGAAAUAGAACCCAAGAAAACCACAUAAGAGGAAUGAAAGCGAUUGCUCACCAUGAACUUACUGCUGCCUAGGCAGUGGCCCCCUGGGCAACUUUUCCUCCUGGUUUCCAGUGCUGAGCAUGACACCAUAUGGUCUGGAAUAGCCUCUGGAUCCUUUGCAUAUUUUACGAUUAAAGACAGACUUCCCCAGAUCCUCACAAGAGUUAUUGAUACUUUGCAUCGACAUAAAAAUGAAUUUUUUGAAGAACAUGGUGAGAAGGGUGUUGAAGCAGAGAAGAGAGCUAUAUCUUUCCUCUCCAAACUGCGGAAUGAGCUGCAAACAGACAAGCCAGUGACCCCUUUGGAAGAUGAGUUGCCUGAUGCUGCGCUGUGGAACCAAUACCUGGACUACCAACGAAAUUUACCAAAUGGAAAUGGAGAGCCCAGUUGGUUUCAAUCCCCUUGGCUGUAUGUAGAGUGUUACAUGUAUCGAAGAAUUCAUGCAGCAUUAGCACAGAACCCACCUAUUGACAACUUUGACGUAUUUAAGGAAGGAAAGGCUCAAAAUUUCUUUGAAUCCCAAGAAGCUGUUAUUGCCUUAUGCACUUAUUUUCAGGAACUUCUUAAGAACAUCAAGGAUCUAGAUGAAAAGCAACUUCAGGAGGAACUUUUUAAGCUAUUGCAGGUGUCCUUGUGGGGCAAUAAAUGUGACCUUUCUUUUUCAGCUGGUGAAGACAGCUCUCAGAAAUCUAGUCCUUUGCAAUCCCUAGAAAACAUGGUACCUUACAUCUUAGUGAAUGAUAUGGAAAAAGUUUGGUCACUACUUGUAAAUGCCAAAAAAAAUAGAACAGAAAGAAGUAAUGUUAGAGUUGACAUAAUCCUGGAUAAUGCAGGAUUUGAACUUGUAAGUGAUCUUGUCUUGGCUGAUUUCUUGUUGUCGUCAAAGCUGGCUGAUGAAGUCUAUUUUCAUGGAAAAAGUAUUCCAUGGUAUGUAUCAGAUACCACAAAGCAUGAUUUUAACUGGACUAUUAAACAACUGGGGUCAGCUAAUCAUAUGUGGAUGUCUAGAUGUGGGAUAAACUGGGAGGGCAAUUUGAAAAAGGGAGUUUGGGUUUUCCGUGACCACAUGUUUUGGACUUUACCACAUGAUUUUUCCAGUAUGAGUGAAGUUGCUCCUGACUUGUAUGCUGAGCUACAGAAGUCAAACUUGCUUCUCUUCAAAGGUGAUCUAAACUAUAGAAAAUUGACAGGAGAUAGAAAAUGGGAAUAUAGUGUCCCAUUUCAUCAAGCCUUGAAUAAGUUUCAUCCUGCGCCUCUCUGUAGUUUGAGAACAUUGAAAUCUGACACUCAGGUUGGCCUGAAACCUGGACAAGGUGAGCAAAUUCAGGCUUCUGAACCUGAGUGGAUGGUAAGUGGAAAAUACGGGGUAGUUCAGUUUGAUGCUGGUCUCUAGUUAAAUGAUUUGUAAUAUUCUGAAGGAGACAUUAAGUCUGACUUUAUUUUCUCUGUUUCAUGCUUGGCUUCAGUAAAGUUUCUUUUUUGUUUGUGCUUUUUCCUCUCAAGUGAUUUGUUGGUUUUGUCCUGUGGAAGACUUUAAUGUAGUGCAAAUAUUUAUAAAUGGUCUUUGUAUACGUAAUUCAAUCUGCAGUUCAAUACAUUUUGUUUUCCUAUUGUCCAAUGUCAGAAGAUCUUUAAGAUCAAUAAUUAAUUGUCCAUAAUAUUUUUUUUUCAUCACUGAGUAUGAGUUUAAUGAGUGAAAGCUUUACAAGUGAAAAAUUUGCUUCAGAAAUAAUUUCCCCAGUGCCACAUAAGCAUGAAUUUACUUAUUUCGGAAUAAUUUGUGCUCCAUGUCAUUUCAUGCAGUGCAUGAAAGUAUUUUAGAGAAUUCAGAAGUUAAUUACAGACAGAUUCUUUUGAUGUUUUGAGGAUAGUUUGCAUUAUAUUAAUGGAUAAGUUAUUGGGUAGCAGCUUGUAAACAUUCAUGUAAAAUUGAAAAUUGAAUUUCAAUCUUAAAGCACAAGUGAAUGUUGCUUACCAGUUUGCUUGUGGGAGAGUUGUCCCAUCUGGUAGGAAGAUUAGUGGGAGAAAGGACAAUCUCAUUUUAAGAAUAUUGAAGAUACUGUUUAUUUUCAAAGCUCUACCAAAAAAGAAGCACACAGAAAAGCCUCUCCAAACAAAAAAACUAAUGAAACCCAAGCAUUUGUAUCAACUGGACUUCAGAUUUAAUGCAGACUUGAUCUGCAAGUGGCCUGUCAGCAGUGUAUGUAUGAGGUUCAAGCUCUGCUGAUUCCUUCUGUUGUGGUAAUUCUCUUUAUUUUUCGAUUUUAUUUGUUUGGGGUUUUUUUAAGAAGGAUGCCUUAAUUUUUAGGGAGGUUAUACAACCCCAUUUGCACUGAAGAGUACAGGGUAGAGAAGCAUAUGCCAUACAGGUUCCUGUUAACUGGAGUUGUUAGGUGCCCAUUUCUGCUCUUCUACCCUGGUCUCAAAAGCUGCUGCUCAUUAUGUUCAUACAACAAAGAUCUAUACAGUGGAUAAAUACGUUCCAAAUGCUGAUGACUUUGAUUAUUUGUGUGUAUUUUCUUCUUCUUAAAUAUGAAAGGGUAUUUUAAGGUUCCAAGGUCAAGUAUUCAAAAACAAAGAUGCAAGGAAUUUCAUGAGGCAGUUGUAGGGAGGGUUAUAAUUUUGAGACCGGGGUUUACUGCUCUCAUCUCCUUUGUAUCUUUGGCUUGGUACUCCUACAGGGUGAAUUAAUCCCCAUCCUUAGGCACCUGAUUGAACUGAAGAAAUUAAAAAUCUAGUCAAGAAGGCUGAAGGUUAGACUGCCUAAGGUUUCUGGAGAGAGCUCAACAGCACUCCAGCUUUUGUGCUUUGAUCUAGUAUGUAAACGACAGGAUGAAUCUGUGCACUGGACCCUCAGUGUCUCAUCUUUGAAAAUGCUGUUAACUUGCUUGAAGUACAUUUUGAAGCAACAACUUUGGGUCAAGAACAGAGAGAUGGAAGUUGUGGAGUAUGUGGAAUGAGAACAUCAUACCUUAGAGAGCAAUUGGGGACAGGAUCUGCUUUUCCUGUGCUCAGAUUGUUUGUAAGGUGCUGACUUAAUUUGCUGGAGAGGUUUAAAAGAAUAUCAUGAACAAGAAGAAAAAGUCACUGUUGAGGCCACCCUUAGCAAAUAGAUUUGCCUCUUACACAAUCCUUACACAUGCUGAGAAACUUUAUUAGUUUUUUACUGGUGGUUACUGUGUCCCUGUGCCCAAGUUGCUUUCAGGCUGUUACUUCUGGGAACCCCCAAUGCAGAUUGGGGAAAAUUAAUAAUAUCAAUUGAUGACAAAUACAGUCCUACGAAAUCCAGAAUCAAUUAGGAGAUGCAGUCGUGUUUGCUCAGUAUUACUGAAUCAUGAAGAUUACUACAAGACAUGUAAUUCUAAGCUUAGCAUGUGAAAGCUAAUGUAUGACAUGAUGUCAUGCUGAAAAAAAAUCUCUCUAUUCUCCUGUUGAUUAAAAGUGCACUUUCCAUCUUUUGCCCCUCACAAAGAGAAGUUUAUGUGGUAAUACAGUGUGACAUGUGGCUGUGUAAGGAAUAUACAGCCAUAACUUCCAGAUGCUUGUCUUCUAUAGCUGUAAUUGCAAAGGCUAUCUCUAGGCAGAACUGAAUAUGCAGCAUAAUUUUAUGUUUGUUGGUUGGCUAUAUUUUUGUAAAAUUUUGAUUGAUUGUAUGAAAAAAAAGAAAAAAUAAUAUCAGUGUUGCUGUAAUGCAGUGUUACAGUCUCCCAUGACACAACAAAGUUGUGAAGACAUAUUUCAGUAUUCCAGUGAGGCACAGUGCUCUUCUGAUGGGUUUGCUACAGUUUACUUAAAAAUAGGAAACUCUUUUGUAGUUAUUCAGUGUUAAUUACUUUUUGUAAUACAGCUUCAUGAAAUGCCAACACGAACCUAUUGCAUUUAGGUGGAAUUUAAAAACAUAACCUGAAGUGUGUGUUAGAACACUAGCAUGUGCUGUAAUAUAACUAUUUUUUAACUUGAGUAUUUAAGAAAGUUCCUUCUAUACAUCUGUGUUACAACUGAUUGUCCAAAAUGCUUCUACAGCAUAACUCAGGAGCUACGGAUUUGUACAUUAAAAUUUCUGAGAUUUUCAUUUCAUAUGCCGUUUGAAUAUUUAUGGCAAAAGCCAAAGGCAUUUUCAGUAAUUCUGAGGCCCACAAUAAAAAAACGUUUUUUACUUUUUAUUUUUGUCUUUUAACUUUUGAGCAACUGUAUUUGUAAGUCAGUUUUUGAUGAUGACUUUCAUUGUUGAGGAAAUAGGAGGAAAGUAAUGUCACAGGCACAGUGAAAGGCAGUACACACAUCUGUCUGAAUACUUGGUAAGUUAUCCUGUAAGAUAUCUACAAGAAUUUCUUAUGUAUAUAAGGUUUCUUAAAAUAAAUUGCUUGAUGUGGAAAAUAAGUUGAUUGUAUGAGUAGAAGCUUGUAAGAAUAUUGAAUUAAACUGUAUAAUUUUGUGCAAGUCAGACAUUCUUAUACUAUUUCAGUGGCUGGGGAAGCCAACUUAAAGUAAUCCAGGUCUUAGUUCCUGAAUUUUUUCCUUAUGAAAUGGAUUUUAUGCAUAAACCUGUGAAGCAUAUUUAUUCAAUGAGAUUUUGAAAGAUACAGGUGCAAGAGAUAGGUAUCAUAAAACGUUCUUCUGUAACAAGACAGGACAACAGUAAGGGAUUUUCUAAUUUUUAAGCUACUUGUACUCCUGUUAAAAUUUCAAAUCCUUAAAAAUGAUUGUCUCUUAAAUGUAUCUGGUACUUACUUACUUACUAAGGUUGGUGCAGCUGAUGAUGUCAUUUCCAGAAUCACUUCUAGAACUGAUAGGUGCUUCAUGUGUUCCAGCAAAAAUGGAAAUAUUUUGGUGUUACUCUUACUGUAACGAAAAUAUUUCCAAACCACUUUGGUUUACACACCUUGCUGAUGUCCGAUAAACACUAACUGUUGUUGUUGAAACAGUUUCUUUAGAGUUCAUAGUGCUAUUUGCAUUAAUGGUUACAACUUGUUCCAUGUGAACAUUUAUCUCCUGUGCUGUCAAACAGCAUAGGAAAAAAGUUUACUCUGUUGCAUGAAAAUUACUCUAUGAAAUGGUUUUAAUGUAAAAAGAAACCCUUAAUUGUGUCUAAAAUAAAAAUUCCAAAAUGGAAUCUUGUACAGAACUGUUGGGUUUUUUUCACUAAAGAUUGUUUGCUUACCAGCUUUCUGUUUACCCUAAAUUACAGAACAAAAGCUUGUAAUUAUUUUUAUUUAAAGCAAAAUGUAAGUUGAAAUUCACCUAACACUUAUCUAAGGAUUUCAAAAUAAAACUGAGAAUGUGCUGGUUAAAGUGGUCCUUUUCUUUCUUUUUCAUAUGCUAGUGGCAGAACACGUGUGAGGGAAAACAUCCUCUAACAUGGACUUGUUUAUGUUUUCUUGUUUGCUUCUGUUUUGGCUUUUUUUUUCCUAAACAUUUUGAAAACUUCUGUCCAUUUUUAUUCUUGCUGAUAUACUAAUGUUUCUAACAGCCUGAAAAUAAAAAAUCCAUUUACAUGUAUUUUUACAUGAAUUAAGAAUUAGUUUAUGGAUUAAUCCACGUUCUGCCUCAGCUUUGCAGUUGUGAAUUCUGCAGACAUGUUGUGAGAAGCGUUCUUAUUUACAGUGCUUUUUUGAUGUUUAGCUCAUCUGGCUUUAUUUCCACUGUGAAAGAAAUAUAAAAUGUCCUCUUGUGAUAACUUAGAGUGAAUAAACAUAUUCAGUACUUG